CCUCUAGCAGCCAUGCCCUUAGUUGCUACUCUUUUAAUCUCAUUCCUCUGCCCUAUUUCUUUGAUUUUUCAGAUGUACCCUGCUCUUGUCCUGGAUGAGAGGAAAGUUCUGUGUUGCUGGGAGAUAUUUAAACAUUUGGCUAAUUUUGUGCCUGUUUCCAAGAACCUGUGUAUCAAAUCCUUCCAAACCUAACUUUUUACUGAUACUGGCUGAUGACCUUGGUAUUGGAGAUGUGGGCUGCUAUGGCAAUGAUACAAUAAGGACCCCUAACAUUGAUGGCCUGGCAAAGGAUGGAGUGAGACUUACUCAGCACAUUGCUGCAGCAGCUGUCUGUACUCCAAGCAGAGCUGCUUUCCUGACUGGCAGAUACCCCAUCAGAUCAGGCAUGGCAUCCAGCACUCAGCGGCAAGUUCUCUUCUGGAACGGUGGUUCAGGGGGGCUCCCACCAAAUGAAACUACUUUUGCCAGAAUACUCUACCAGCAAGGUUAUUCUACAGCAAUUGUAGGGAAGUGGCAUAUGGGUGUGAACUGCAAAACCCGCCAUGAUCACUGCCACCAUCCUUUAAAUCAUGGUUUUGAUUAUUUUUAUGGCAUGCCUUUUACCCUUCUCAAUGAGUGUCAAGGCUCAGAUGACCCUGAAUUGGCCAAGUCUUUGCAAGAUACAUAUUGGUUUUACACUCAAAUGAUCACCCUUGCAGUAUUUACCCUUGUGACUGGAAAACUUGCCAAUUUAUUCCCAGUAAAAUGGAAAAUAAUCAUCUGCCUGGCCAUCUGUGGUCUCCUUCAUUUCAUCUCCUGGUUCUCCAGCUAUGGUUUCACCAAGUACUGGAACUGCAUCCUGAUGAGAAACCAUGACAUCACUGAACAACCAAUGAACCUACAAAAAACUACUUCUAAUAUGCUGAAGGAAGCAAUUGCAUUCAUUGAAAGAAACAAGCAUAGACCGUUUCUUCUCUUUGUUUCCCUUUUACAUGUUCACACCCCUCUCAUUACCACAGAGAAGUUUCUGGGAAGAAGCAGGCAUGGCCUGUAUGGAGAUAAUGUAGAGGAGAUGGACUGGAUGGUGGGCAGGCUUCUGGAUGUUAUUGACAAAGAGGACUUGAAGAAUACCACCUUCAUUUAUUUUGCAUCUGAUCAUGGAGGAUUCUUAGAGGCUCACAGAGGAAAUUCUCAGUUGGGUGGAUGGAAUGGCAUAUAUAAAGGUGGAAAAGGAAUGGGAGGCUGGGAAGGAGGAAUCCGUGUUCCAGGUAUAGUUAGGUGGCCAGGAGUGUUGCCUGCGGGGACAGUUAUCGAUGAACCCACGAGCCUUAUGGACAUUUAUCCUACAGUAGUUCAACUGGCUGGAGGGACAGUGCCUCAGGACAGGGUCAUGGACGGGCACACCUUGCUGCCCCUGCUGCGAGGGACAGAGCAGCACUCCAGGCACGAGUUCCUGUUCCACUACUGCGGGGUGUUCCUGCAUGCAGUGCGCUGGCACCAGAAGGACAGUGGCACCAUAUGGAAAGCUCAUUAUGCUACUCCAGUAUUUCAGCCAGAAGCCUCCGGGGCCUGUUUCAGAAGAGGAAUUUGUCCGUGUUUCGGGGAUAGUGUAACCCAUCAUGACCCUCCACUGCUGUUCAAUCUCUCACAAGAUCCGUCUGAGGCAAAUCCUCUUUCAGCUGACACUGAGCCCUUGUUUGACACUGUGGUGAGGAGAAUGAGAAGAGCUGUGGAAGAGCAUCGCAAGACUCUGACUCCAGUCCCACAACAGCUCUCUCCUUACAACAAUAUAUGGAAGCUAUGGCUGCAGCCAUGCUGUGGCACGUUUCCAUUCUGUUGGUGUAAUGAAGAAAACAACAAAGCAUAG